CAAGAAAUUUGUUGGGAGUGCGAUUGGUUGUUACCUGGUUGGGCGGGUAGGUAAUUUUUGGGGAAUUUUCGGCUGACGUUGACCGCCGCACUGCUGUGCGACGUCACAGCCCAGCCCGUUCGCCAUUUUGAGCUGUGUGUGUCAGGCAGCACUGGCUUCCCGCACCAGUCUCCACUCCAUCCAUGUGAAGUGCCAAGGUCCCACCAGCCAUUCCUGCCAUGCAGCAUUGGGUUCCACGGCCAGCAGGAACCAUGGAAAACGCCCGGGAACCGCGACCCGUCGCCGAGACCUGCACACACCGGACUCUCCUGAGUCCUCACCUUCAGCGGCCGCGGGAAUCCGUGAAGCCGGGAUUUGGUUCGCAGCUCAGUCCUGAUUUGUUGCCGCAGCCUGGAGAGACCAUCCACCGGGCUUUGUCUCUUUCGGUGCUGACCUGGGGAGCGCCGACGGAUCCAAAGGACAUUGAAAACGGAGUACAGUACAUACAGUUCUUCAUGGUCUUCCUAGCCAGCACACUCUCCAGGUGCGAUUCAUCCAAUCAUGGAUACGACAAUAAGCUGCGAGGUCACCCUUCUGGGUUAGGAACUGGUCCCGAUCCGUCGGCUGGCCUAUCGGGAUCGGUUGUCGGUGCUGAGGCUACAUACAUCAAGGCACGCAGGAAAAUCAUCGGUGUCCCUCCUGACAUCUCGCACUUGACGCCAGCGAGGCAUGGCCGGCUUUCGGAAGGGGCUGGGCUGCUCACUCCUGAAGCCAGUUACCUAAUGAAUGACAAUAGGAAAGCAUUGGGCGUUCAAAAGCGCUGGAGAAAGCAUGCGACGAGCUCGUUUGACAACGUUCCUGGGCUUUACAGGUACAAUCUGAAGUCAACAUUGUUAAUACAACGUUGAAGCCACACCCCGCAGGGUGGCUGUAGUGUGCAUACAGCUUAUCGCAGACAGGCUUACCACAGUAUCAGCCUCACGCGACAGCUCCUGCCGGGGAAUUCUCUUCAUGUCGCUUCGGGCAUGAGAACCGGAUUACGGCAAGCGGAAUGGAGGUUCACUCAGCAUCUCGAGGGUACUCUAUCCAGUCUAAACUCAUUCCGAGUAAAAUGCAACCGAGUGCGAACGGCUUCGGACUACAGUACGUACGCAUAUGGCAGCUAGAAUAGGGA